GGGGGGCGGUGGAGAGGCGCAGACUGAGGAGUUCUGGCGCACAUCCAUGGAGCAGCGGGGACUGAGGGGCGCCAGGGGAGGCGGGCUUCCCCCACCCAAGGCUCCGGCCGCCAUGGAGUGAAAACGGGGCGGCGGGGGCCGGAGAGCCCGGGCCAAGACGACGAGCCUGCUGAGGACUGAGCGGCUGCAGCGGCCCGGGAACGGACAUUUCAAAGAUGGUUUGGCUGCCUUUGCGACUAGGAGAUCUGAUGCCAUAAUGAGGACUCACACACGGGGGGCUCCCAGUGUGUUUUUCAUACAUCUCUGUUAUUUUGUGGCAGCCUACAUCACUGACGAGAACCCUGAAGUCAUGAUUCCCUUCAUCAAUGCCAACUAUGAUAGCCACCCAAUGCUGUAUUUUUCCAAGGGGGAAGUGGAGGAGCUGCAGCGGAGGGCAGCCGGUACACAUCGGCACAUUGCCUCACGGUUGACUGAAGCAGUACAGACCAUGCUGUCUAGUCCUCUGGAGUACCUUCCUCCUUGGGAUCCCAAGGACUACAGUGCAAGGUGGAAUGAAAUUUAUGGCAACAACUUGGGUGCCUUGGCAAUGUUCUGUGUGCUGUAUCCUGAGAACAUCGAAGCCCAAAAUAUGGCCAAGGACUACAUGGAGAGGAUGGCUGCUCAGCCUAGUUGGCUCGUGAAAGAUGCUCCUUGGGAUGAGGUCCCCCUUGCUCACUCUCUGGUUGGUUUUGCCACCGCCUAUGACUUCCUGUUCAACUACCUGAGCAAGACCCAACAGGAGAAGUUUCUUGAAGUGAUUGCCAAUGCCUCAGGAUAUAUGUAUGAAACAUCAUACCGUCGAGGAUGGGGGUUUCAAUACCUGCACAAUCACCAGCCUACCAAUUGUAUGGCCCUGUUGACGGGAAGCCUGAUUCUGAUGAAUCAAGGUUAUCUUCAGGAAGCCUAUUUGUGGACCAAACAAGUUUUGGCCAUCAUGGAGAAGUCUAUGGUCUUACUCAGAGAAGUCACAGAUGGCUCCCUCUAUGAAGGAGUCGCCUAUGGCAGCUACACCACCAGGUCCCUCUUUCAGUACAUGUUCCUGGUACAGAGGCAUUUUGAUAUCAACCACUUCAGUCACCCUUGGCUUAAACAACACUUUGCAUUCAUGUAUAGAACAGUCCUUCCAGGUUUUCAAAGAACGGUGGCAAUUGCAGACUCAAAUUACAACUGGUUUUAUGGGCCAGAAAGCCAACUGGUGUUUCUAGAUAAAUUUGUCAUGCGUAAUGGCAGUGGUAAUUGGCUGGCAGAUCAGAUUCGACAGAACCGAGUGAUAGAAGGUCCAGGAACAGCAUCCAAAGGGCAGCGCUGGUGUACUUUGCACACUGAAUUUCUCUGGUAUGAAGCCAGCUUGGGUUCUGUACCUCCACCAGAUUAUGGAACCCCUACGCUGCAUUAUUUUGAGGACUGGGGUGUUGUGACUUAUGGAAGUGCCCUGCCUGCAGAGAUCAAUAGACCUUUCCUUUCCUUCAAGUCGGGAAAACUUGGAGGACGUGCAAUUUAUGACAUUGUCCAUAGAAACAAGUACAAAGAGUGGAUCAAAGGAUGGAGAAAUUUUAAUGCUGGCCAUGAGCAUCCUGACCAAAACUCAUUUACCUUUGCUCCCAAUGGCGUGCCUUUCAUCACAGAGGCUCUCUAUGGGCCAAAGUACACCUUCUUCAACAAUGUGCUAAUGUUUUCCCCAGGUGUAUCAAAGAGCUGCUUCUCUCCCUGGGAGGGUCAGGUCACAGAAGACUGUUCGUCAAAGUGGUCCAAGUAUAAACAUGACUUGGCUGCACACUGUCAGGGGAGAGUGGUUGCUGCUCUGGAGAAGGAGGGAGUGGUUUUUAUACGAGGGGAAGGAGUUGGGGCCUACAACCCUCAGCUAAGGCUGAAGAAUUUGCAGAGGAACCUAAUUCUCUUACACCCUCAGCUCCUCCUCCUUGUGGACCAAAUCCACCUGGAAGAAGAUAGUCCUCUAGAGGCAGCAGCCAGUUUUUUUCACAAUGUGGAUGUCCCUUUUGAGGAGACUGUGGUGGAUGGUGUCCACGGGGCUUCCAUUAAGCAGAGAGAUGGUAUAUAUAAAAUGUAUUGGAUGGAUGAUACUGGCUAUAGUGAGAAAGCAACCAUUGCUUCAGUGACAUACCCUCGGGGAUAUCCAUACAAUGGAACAAACUAUGUAAAUGUCACCACACACCUCCGGAGUCCCAUCACCAGGGUAGCCUACCUUUUCAUAGGACCUUCUGUAGAUGUUCAAAGCUUCAACAUCCAUGGGGAUUCUCAACAACUAGAUGUAUUUAUAGCCACUAGUGACCAUGCGUAUGCAGUAUACCUUUGGACAGGUGAGGCUGCUGGACAAACGCCCUUUGCACAUGUCAUUGCAGAUCGCCAAAAGAUUCUGUUUGAUCAGUCUGCUGUUAUUAAGAGCUCCCCUGUGUCUGAGGUGAAGGACUAUGCCGGAAUUGUAGAACACAGUCUUCAGCAUUUCAAGCCAGUUUUCCAGCAGCUGGAGAAGCAGAUCCUGUCCCGUGUCCGUAACACAGCUAGCUUUCGAAAGACUGCUGAACGCCUGCUGAGAUUUUCAGAUAAGAGACAGACGGAGGAGGCCAUUGAUAGGAUAUUUGCAAUCUCUCAACAGCAGCAGCAGAGAAAGCAGCAGCUACAAGGCAAGGCAAAGAAGAACCGAAGGGCAGGCAGGCGCUACAAAUUCAUUGAUACCGUCCCUGACAUUUUUGCACAGAUUGAAGUAAAUGAGAAAAAGAUCCGGCAGAAAGCUCAGAUUCUGGCACAGAAAGAAUUGCCUAUAGAUGAAGAUGAAGAAAUGAAAGACCUUUUAGAUUUUGCUGAUGUCUCUUAUGUGAAACAUAAAAUUGGGGUACCAUUCAGAGGCCAGUUUGGGCAGGCCCAGAUGGUGACGACUGCCCGAAGUAGAGCCCCCUCAAUAUCUGCUUCCUAUACCAGGCUUUUCCUUAUCCUGAACAUUGCUAUUUUCUUUGUCAUGCUGGCAAUGCAACUGACUUACUUUCAGAGAGCCCAGAGCCUACAUGGUCAAAGAUGUGUCUAUGCAAUCCUUCUGGUUGAUAGCUGCAUCUUACUGUGGUUGUACUCUUCUUGUUCCCAGUCUCAAUGCUAGCCAUGCUACUAUGAACUGCCUGGCCAUUCUAUGAUCCCUAGAAUCUAUGCAAAACUCAAAAAUCCCUAAGAGGGUGCUAAUUUUUUUGGUAGGUUUAGUCUUCUCAGAUGCAUUCCAGGAAAUCUGAGAGCAGGAGAAAAAGAAGGAUCUUUUCAGGAAGAGGGAAGAGAAAGAGAGAGAGGGAGAAAGACAGUAAGGCUUAGGCCAUGCACAACUUCUUUCAGAAAAGACAAAGGCUCACUUGAUGGUCCCCUAGCAUCGGGAAAAGUGUUUUACUUUGCUAAUGACAAUAAUCAAAGCACAAUUACUUUUAGCUGAAACAGAAAAUCCAGAAUUAAGCAAUUAUCAUACUUUUCUUAACCAUGGCAUAAAAAAGAGGGAGGGAACUAAUUUUUAGAGUUGGGUUUGAAUCAUGAACUUGAUGUUCAGCUCAGACAUUGUUCCAUGACUACCAGAGAAUUUUUAAAUCUUGAAACACAAUCUGUGUUGCAGUGCAAAAUUCUUUGCCCUGGAGGUAGUCUCAAUAGUGCUUUAAUGAAGUCACUUUAUUGAAUCAUACCUUUCACAUUGGAAGAGACCCUAGACUAGGCCAUUUAGUCCAAACCCCUUCCUUUUUGCAGAAACUGACGCCCAGAGGAAGACAGUGACAUGUCCAAGGUCACAUAGGUAGUUAGUGGCAGAGCUGGGAUUCAAACUCAGGUUUUCUGAUUCUGAAUCCAACACUCUUUCCACCACACCCACUUCAACUAAUAUUAGUAAGUGCCAAUGAUGUGUAUGGCACUGAGCUAUGCACGGGGGAAACAAAAAUUAAAGCAAAACAGUCCCUGCUUUCAAUUAGGUCAUAUUCCACAGGGGAUAUGAUACAUAAACGUAUAUGUAUAUACACUCUAUAUGUACACAUGUGUAGGAAUAUACACACAAAUAAGUAAAUACAAAUAUUUGCGUCUUGGGCUAAUAUUCAGAUGUGCAAAAGAGAGAGUGCCAUGGUACCAUGAAAAACUAAGAGUAUUUUUCCUCCCAGGGAGCAAAAAAAUUUUUUUUGUAGUAUAAAUCUACACAUUCAUAUAUACACAGAAACACACACACAUACAUCUGACAGACACUUCCCAAACUUCCAAGUGCAGUUUGAGAUGAAUUCUCUUACCUGAUUCACCAUCAAGAUAGGCAGUUUAAUUGUGACUGAAAGUUAAGUUUGAUUCUGCUAUCCUUUGUAUGGGGGGAGAAAGCUAACAGCUAAAAGGAUAAACAAUUGGAAAGGUCAUUUGUGUGACUUAGAGGUAGAUUUCCACACCAAAGAAGAUGAGAAGCAAAAUAUUACAUAUGAUGGUUAUGUUUCUAAUAAGGGAAGAAAUGCUUUCCUUCAAGUUUAUUUUGCUAAAUAAACAGAUGGUUAUUGUCUCA